UUUGUAGAACCAGACUACCAAAAAUUUCCACGCUUUAGAGAUGCAUUAAAAGACAGUCGGGUUCUCGUAGUCGAUGCUGGCAGUGCAGUUUUUAUACCAGAGGGUUGGUUCCACCAAGUGGACAGUGCUGCUCUAACCAUUGCCGUAAACUUUUGGUGGGCGUCUAAACAAUCUUGCGCAUUCGACACGCCCAUGGAUGCAUAUUAUUUGCGGAGGAUUUUAGUGAGUCUUUUGGACGCCGAAAAGAGAUCGAUGCUCGGAUGGAAUCCUCACGUGGAUGUAGAAAGUGAUCUUGAUGACGUGCAAGGAGCAGAAGAUCUUACCGUGAACAGCUUGAGUCCACUAGAAACAAAACAACUUCACGUCAUACUAUCCUGCGUAGCGGUCGCAGUGAACAAUGGCAAUUGUGAGGACGAUCCUAUCGCAAGUGUGUUUCUAAAUACGAGCCCUCGAAGCCUUCGUCGAAUCUUUCUUACCAUGGUGACUACAUUUCCUCGUUCACUAGAAGCACUCGUAUUGCAUGCUCUCAGUCCUGUUGCUGCAGAACUUUUGACAAAACAGUUCGAAGAGAUGGACUCGAUUGCUUCUGAAGCAUCACAAGCAGAGUUCUACAAGCGCUUUUACAGUGUUUUGGACGACUCCAGUGUCGCAAUGACUGCGCUCCUCGAUAGGAAGGAAGCGUUCGCAUCAAAGGCUUUGGACAGUGUCAUGGAGAAAUUUCUGGGAUGUAAGCUUCAGUGACGAUGGGCUUUUGUAAAUCAAUUUUGAAACAAGGCGCUUCUCAGGUA